AUGUUGAGAUUCAUAGGCUCACCCGCAAGGAAGCUAUUGUCGCGUUCAACAGAUCGCACCAUGGCAGUGAGAGCAUUGCACUCUUCCAAACCAGCGUUGCAAGUGAUGGCUCAUCAACCCCUUUGCGCAAGAGAGGCCAAGGGAUUGCAUGUCCCAGGAAACUAUCCCAUCUUUGAUCACGAAUACGACGCUGUCGUUGUUGGCGCUGGUGGUGCUGGUCUUCGCGCUGCGUUUGGCUUGGCAGAGGCAGGUUUCAACACAGCAUGUAUCACUAAACUGUUCCCCACUCGUUCGCAUACGGUGGCAGCUCAAGGUGGCAUCAAUGCAGCACUGGGUAAUAUGACGGAGGACGAUUGGAGAUGGCACAUGUAUGAUACUGUCAAGGGGUCUGAUUGGUUGGGUGAUCAAGAUGCAAUUCAUUACAUGUGCCGUGAAGCGCCGCACACUGUCAUUGAGCUGGAGCAUUACGGUGUGCCCUUUUCUCGAACGCCCGAAGGUAAGAUUUAUCAACGUGCCUUUGGUGGUCAAAGCUUGAAGUUUGGCAAGGGAGGACAAGCGUAUCGUUGUGCCGCUGUGGCUGAUCGCACGGGUCAUGCCAUUCUGCAUACACUGUACGGUUACUCCCUGCGUCAUGAUACCAACUAUUUCAUUGAAUACUUUGCACUGGAUCUGAUCAUGGAGGAUGGUGAAUGUAAAGGUGUGAUUGCACUCAACAUGGAAGAUGGCACACUGCAUCGUUUUAGAUCUCACAAGACGGUGCUUGCUACUGGUGGCUAUGGUCGUGCUUAUUUCUCCUGUACAUCUGCUCAUACGUGUACUGGUGAUGGCAAUGCCAUGAUAGCUCGUGCUGGUCUUCCUCUGCAGGACCCCGAGUUUGUACAGUUCCAUCCUACUGGAAUCUAUGGCUCUGGUUGUCUCAUCACAGAAGGCUCUCGUGGCGAAGGUGGCUACCUUGUCAACUCUGCUGGUGAGCGUUUCAUGGAGCGCUACGCGCCUACUGCCAAGGAUUUAGCUUCGCGUGAUGUUGUCUCUCGUGCCAUGACGUUGGAAAUCAAGGCUGGCCGUGGCGUUGGACCCGAGAAGGAUCAUAUUCACCUUCAACUGCACCAUUUGCCUCCUGCUGUGCUUCAGGAGCGCUUGCCUGGUAUCUCAGAAACUGCUGCAAUUUUUGCAGGGAUUGAUGAAAGUGAACUGUAG